AUGUGUCAUGUCCCCCCCCUGGUUUGUGGUGUAUGUGGCCUGUCCUGUGUGGGUGUGUGCUGGUCCCCCACUGUUUGUGUGAGUGGUGUGCUUGUUUUCUUUUUGUGUGUUUGGUGUGUGCUGGUCCCCCCUCUCCCUGGUGUGGUGGGUUAUGUUGAUGGUUGUGGGCGGUUGUGGCUUUUCUCCUGUGUGUGUUGGGGUGCUUGGCUGUGUGUGUGGUGCAUGUGCUUCUGGGUGUGUUGUGGUUGUGUUGUUCUGUCCUUUUUGUGUGUUGUGGUCUGUACCCCCCCUGUUUGUGUGGGGGAGCCUGUUUUCCUGGUUGGUGUGGUGGUUAUGAUGUUGCGUGUGCGGUUCCUGUUGUGUGGUGGUGCCAUUGGCGGUCUCCUGUGGUUGUGUUGUGUGUUGUGUGUGACCUUGGUACCCCCCCCCCUUGUUGUGUUUGUGGUGACUGUCCUGUGUGGUGUGUUAUGUGAAAAAAUGUGGUGGCGUGGGCUGUCUGUGGGUUGGUUGGUGGUGACCCCCCUGUCGGUUGUGUGUUGGUGGGCAAAUGGUUGGCUUGUGUGUGUGCGUGAUUGUGGUGUGUGUAUGUGCUGUGUUUGUGGGGUGGUGGUGGUGUGGUAUGUGAUGGUUGUGUGUCUGUAA